AUGGAACAACUCAUGGGGGAAUUUCCAUCAGAACGUGUAACACCAACAUUUCCGUUCCUACGAACGGGAGUCGAUUAUUGCGGACCUUUUUACUACCGUCAGAUACAACGAGGAGCUCCCGUUAAAUGUUAUAUCGCCAUUUUCGUAUGCCUAGUAACGAAAGCGGCUCACGUUGAAUGUGAUACAGAUCUAUCAAGCCAGGCAUUCAUCGCCGCAUUGCGACGCUUCGUUGCCCGACGGGGCAGGCCAGAACUGAUCGAGUGCGACAAUGCCCUAAACUUCAGAGGAGCCAAGCGAGAGCUCGAUGAGCUCACUCGGUUGUUCGAAACCCAACAACAUCAACACCUCGUAACCAGUAGCUGUGCCAACGACGGCAUUGCCUUCAAAUUCAUACCUCCGAGGUCUCCAAACUUUGGAGGUCUCUGGGAGGCUGCCGUAAAGUCUCUCAAGAAACAUUUCCGCAGUACUCUUGGGAACGUUAUCCUCUACCUAGACAGUUUCUUGACUCUGAUCACCCAAAUAGAAUCCUGUCUCAAUUCUCGUCUGCUUACACAGCUCUCGGCUGAUCCUAACGACCUGGAGGUGCUCACUCCUGGGCAUUUCCUGGUCCAUCGUCCGCUUAUCGCGGUCCCUGAGCCUAGCGCCGGGACAAUGUCAAGCUGGACACGAUGGUUCUCUUAA